AUGUUGGUACCUGUGUGUGUGCUACUAUCUGUCCUGAACAGGUGUCUGUGUGCAGACCUCACCUACUACGUGCGAGAAGGUAAGAGCCCAGGUACCUAUGUGGGUGACAUUGCUGCUGAUACACACUUGAUGGAAAGUGUCCUGCCCCAAGACCGCAGCCGGAUAAGGUUCACCCAACUGCAGCCAGAACAGGCUGGCAGCACUCAGUUGUUCCGUGUUUCUGAGAGAACGGGCAAGCUGUAUACAGGUCAGACUCUGGAUGCUGAGUCGAUGUGCAAGUGGAACAAGGAAUGUUUUAUAAUGCUCGACGUUGCAGUACGGAAGGGAACGACCUCACUCAAGAUUUUGGAGAUCAAGGUUAUUGUGCAAGACAACAAUGACCACCCACCAGAAUUUCCAGAUAAGAGUGUCAAUAUUGAGUUCUCGGAGAAUGACCGAAAAGGUACAAAGAAAAUAAUUCCCAAUGCAAUUGAUCGCGACGUUGGAGUCGAGAAUUCUCAAAUUACCUAUCAGCUCAAAAAGAAGACAAAUGAGCCGUUCACGCUUUCCGUUUCAAAGAGCGUAGAUGGAACUUCUAAACUUGGCAUUAAUCUUGAAGAAACCCUGGACAGGGAAGUGAAAGACUCCUACUUGGUUCAGGUAAUUGCUAAAGAUGGUGGCUCACCACCAAAACAAAGUGUUUUAGAUGUUCAUAUAGCUGUCUCUGAUGUAAAUGACAACUUCCCAGCUUUUUCCAAAAAAGUAAAUAAUGUUUCAAUAAUAAACGAGCCGAGUGAAACGUCACCUGUCGUCAUCUUGUCGGCAAGGGACUACGAUUCGGACAAGAAUGGCAGGAUCCGGUACCACUUUGGCUCCCAGACUUCCAGUGUAGCCAAGUCACAUUUUAAGCUGAAUGAGGUGACUGGAGAGAUUUUCCUUCGUAAAAAGUUCUUGUUGGGGCAAGAGCUGACUCAUGAGCUCUAUGUUGAGGCCACUGAUGGGGGCAGCCCUCCCCUGAGUUCUAUUGCUAAAGUUCAGGUGAAUGUGAUCAACCAACAAAACCACGCCCCGAGCAUAGAUAUGAAUUUUGUCUCGACAUCAACAGAGAAUUCGGUUGCAAUUUCCGAAGACAUUGCUGUCGGCAGCUUCAUUGCCUACGUCAAAGUCACUGAUUAUGAUGUGGGACAAAACGGGGAGGUAACAUGCAAACUUCACCAUGAAAAAUUCCAGCUUCAGAACCUUGGUACAAAAAAGUAUCAGGUCAUUGUUAAGAGUCCCUUGGAUCGUGAAGAAAAAGACCACCAUGACAUCACGAUCAGCUGUCAGGACAAAGGCUAUCCGCCUUUACGGAGUGAGAGCAAAUUCUCCAUUCAAGUGAUGGACGUCAAUGAUGUACGGCCGCAGUUCUCCAAGAAAACAUUAAAGUUCUUCAUUUAUGAGAAUGAAAAUCCUAGAAUACCGGUCGGCUACAUCAAUGCCACUGACACGGACCUGGGACUUGGGGGUAAGCUGACCUACUCUCUGCUGACCAACAACAAACACUUCCUCCCUUUCCAGAUCUCAGACAAUGGAUUAAUCUCAACGGUCAUGUCUCUGGAUCAUGAAUUUCAAGAUAUUUAUAAAUUCAAAGUUUUUGUUAAAGACAAUGGGAUACCUUCCCUAAAUAACACGGUGGACGUUGUAGUCGAGGUUAGAGAUAAAAACGAUAAUGCACCUUAUUUCACAUUUCCGACUGUGAGUCCUUACUCGAUGGACGUCGUCUAUUACCCUAAUUCUAAAAACAACAUUACAGUUCUGAAGGCGGCCGACAAAGAUAGUCGGGAGAAUGCCUUUCUUAAAUUUGAAAUUACGAAAGGCAACAAAAAACGGUUAUUCUCCAUCAACCACUAUUCUGGUUUGUUGUCUUUCACACGUGAGGUCACCCUCCAGGAUGCAGGGACGUAUGACCUGCAGUUUGUUGUCAAGGACAGUGGUAGCCCAGUUCUAUCUGCAACAACUACUUUACUUUUGACUCUAACCGUGAGCAACAAGACAUCAGAGAUGGUGAAUGAGGUACAAACUGAAUCUGACAAAAAAAUACACCUUUAUCUCUUAAUAGUCAUUGUGUCGGUAGCUGUUACAGUGUCUGUGGUUGUGACUGUUUCAAUGUUAAUCUGCCUUGUUCGAUGUAACAAUCGGAGAAAUGCCCUAAACAGGGGGCGACUGAAUCGUGCAAAUAAACGCGAACAGAGACAUUUGAAAUGCCCUCCUUACCUGGGACCCUCAUGUACAGAUGCCACUCCACCUCCAAGGACGGCUGAACCAGAUAAACCACGGCAGGCCGAGCCUGAGAGGGCACGACCGGCAGAAGUUGACAAGGUUCGCGCGACUGAGUCAGACAAAGUUGCUCUGGCUACGUCAAGAAGAACAUCACAGUAUAGGGAUGAUCUGGUUGUUGAACCAAAGAAUCCUGCUGUAAUUAGAAAGUCUCCAGUUGUAGUGCCAGACAGCUCACAAAAGAAAGAUGGAUUUGGCAGAGGGCCAGGAAUACCACCUGACCUCAAUUUCACAGAGAAUCUGGGAGUCAUCAUGAAGGAGCGCAUUCAAAAUGUCCGCAUGGACUUGCCCAACGAACAGCAGUAUUCCCGACAACAUUUGAUACAGGAGGAGGGAGCAACUUCUGCUUUGAAAGAGGCUAAAAAGGGACCAUUUGUUGUGGCUCCAGAUAAAGAUUUAACAAAGGUGGGCCACAAGGAAAAGCUGACCUCCCAGUCAUCUAUUGAUAGCGCACACAGCAAGAAGGAGGCUGAAAUUGCCCUGAGUGAGAAAUCACAUGAUUCAGAAGGUUCGGAUUAUUCUCUUGCUCGCCCACCAGAGCAGUCACCCAACAUCAAUAUCAAAACCACAAAACCAAGAUUCAACUGUCCUGGAGAUGCAAAAAUGACUUCCAAGCGUUUGUUUCAACCAAUCAUUGCUCAAAUUCCUCAAACUAAACUGAAACCUGUCUCAAUAGACAGCACUUCGUCUGGUUCACAUUCCCACCCCAGCAAUCAACACGAUAACAGGAGACGAUCCUCAGACCUAAAACAACCUCUGUCUGUUGCCCAUGUGGCAGCACCUCCUGUAGAUUCAGAUUAUGUUGAGCCUGCAACUUCAGAGAGUGGCAGUUCUGACACCUACUCUCAACCUAGUAGCAUCUCUGGGAGCCGGAGACGUACCUCUGACUUCAAACAGACGUCGCUGCAGCGUCAAGCAAAUAUCCCAGAUUCGGACUAUCUUGAACCAGUAACGUCUGAUAGCGGCAACUCAGAGACCUACUCACAGCCUGGCAGUACAUCGGAGAGCCGGAGACCCUCUUCUGAUCCGAAACCAUGCUCAGAUUAUCUUGAGCCAAUUUCAGCUGACAGUGGAUCGGACACUUAUUCGCAACCUUGGAGUCUACCGAAGCAGAAGAAAAAGAUCCUACAGAAACAAAUAUCCCAUUCUGACUACUUGGAACCGGUGGAUCAGUCUGUCAGGUUACCGACCAGAACACCACCACGGGUACCCCACCCAGAUUAUCCAGGCUUGUUAGAACAAUCAAAACACCCUGUACAGACAGCAGCAGCCACAAAGUAUCAUGUUGUAGAACCAGAAUCACAAAGCCACACGCGGGCGCCACACACACAAAACCAUUGA